AUGGAUGCAGAAAAAAGAAGCCAGUCAGUAGUUGGCAAAAAGGAUGAGAUUGAACAAGGAGAAAAUCUUAUAUUGACGGAUAACCAUUUGAGGAAAGUUAAUGAAGAAGAUGAUUUGGAAUCUUUACCUGUUAUAGUAAGUGAAGAGGAAAUGAUGAAACAAGAUAAAGAAGAUGAAGGUGUAGACAUAACACCGCCCAGCUCACAUGAACAAUUAGUAUUACAAAAAAUGAACUUUGAAAUUACGAAAGGAUCAUCCCCUAAAAGACUACAUCGUUCUAAAGAGACAUCAUAUUUGUUGAAAGAAAAUCUACCUAGAGAUUUUGGAAGAGGCAAGAGAGCACACAUUAAGAAUAAAAAACAGGCUAGAGAUACAAGAGCCCCUAGAACAAGAGGGCAUAGAAUACGUAAAAAUAAAUAUGAGACAAAUGAUAUAAAUAAUUUUAAUAUGAAAACUGUAUCAAAUAAGCACAUAAGAAAAGAGGCGGAAAGACGAGAAAAUUAA